UCUUCAUAAAGCUCUCCUGAAUGAUAUAAAUAGUCCUGAAAUGAUUAUACUAAAAAUAGAACUAUUGGAUAAUUCUACCGACAAUCUUCUUGAAGAGUUCAAAACAAUAGGCUCAAAUCCCAAGCUAAAGCACAAAACACAUUUCUUAAUCCAUAAGCCAGCCAAUUAUAUUCGACAGGGAGAAGAAAAUAAGAAAACUCCAGAACUAUUUCAUGCAUCAAAACAGAUUAAAAAAAUAUUUUUAAAUAAAACAAGUUGACUUCCAAAAAGAAGAUCCCAGAGAAUGCUCCAAAAUAUGAUUCAGCUCCACGUUCCGGAGACAGAAAAUACCAGCAGAAGAAAAGAUCUGGUCUAUAAAUCAGCGCUCAGAAAACUAAAAAGAUUCUGCAAGAACAUCUUUAAGACCCAGAACUUAGAAGUCGUCCGUAGAAGGUACAUCAAUUGUAGAAUUGGGCAUCUCUACAACAAGAUGUAUCAAACCUUGCAAACUAUCAUUUCAGAAGAAUAUCUUACAAAUGACUUGAUAUAUUUUACCAUGGGAAUAGCUGGUAUCAGGAAGCCCUCUGGGCUUCCUUGAAGUAAUCAGCUACGCCAGGAGAUCUUAGAAAUAGUUUCAUGUGCAAGUUUUUUCCCAGAAAAAGUAUCAAAGAUGUCUUCGCUCUGAAAGCUUCCAAACAUUGAUCCAAAAUAUAGCAGAGUCUCCGGAAGAAUCAUGGGCAAGAGAACUGCUUAUUGAAAUGAGUCCCUAUUAAAUAGCAUCUCAUCUCUCAAUUGGCAGCACAUAAACCAGAAAUGAAGUGACGCUUCACUGGCAGAAUUCAUAUUAUUUGAUCAUAAAAACGUUCCCAACUUCUCUUAAAGAAUCUUGGUGUAGAUUUCAAAGUGGGACUAACCUUUAAUAGAAGAGGAUAUCAAUAGUGCAGAUUCAUAUUCUACAUUUUAAGCAUCUUUCCUGCCAUUAGAUAGAUGGCCGUGUAGAUUUUA